AUGACUGUAAGAACAUCAGAAGAUGUUUACAAAUUUGUAAAAGAUUGUAUAAAAAUAAAAGAAGAAAUAGAAAAUACAAAACAAGUAACAAAAAAAGAAAAGAACAUUUGUGAAUCUCAAAAUAAUUGUUCAAAAUAUAAUUUCGAUUAUUCAAAAUUUGAAAGCUGUAUAAAAGAAAUUGAAGAUGAAGAAGAAGAAAAGAAAAAGAAAGAAGAAAACAAACAUAACUUUUUGAAUAAAAGAAACCCGUGUUCCCAUGAUCAUUCAAAAGAAAGACAAUUAUAUGAAAAAGAUACAAAAGAAAAAAUAAAAGCUUCGAAUGCUUUUAAUAUAGAAGGGAAAAAGGCUUUUUAUGAAAAAAAUUAUAAACUUGCUUGUGUUUAUUUUCGAAAAGGAUUAAUACAAUUAGAUUAUAGUUUUCCUGAAUCCGAACCAGAGAAAAAUGAACAAAACCAGCUAGAAAUCAAUUUACAUUUAAAUUUGGCAUUAACGAAAUUUCACAUGUCCAAUUAUUAUGAGUGCAUCAGUGAAUGUUCUACGGUGCUAAAUCUAGACAAGAAUAAUAUAAAGGCAUACUACAGAAAAGGACAGGCGUACAUGAGCUUAGACUUGUAUAAUGAAGCAAAGCAAGAAUUCUUAAAAGUUUUAGAGAUUGACCCGAGCGAUAAUAAUGUAAAAAAAUCUUUGUCAAUUUUAAAAAAGAAAAUAUUAAUUUACAAUAAGAAGAAUAAAUUAGUGUGUUCUAAAUUUUUUUCAUAUAAUGAUAAUCAAAGCGAACAUAGCACAAAUGAUGAACAAAAAAUAGCCAGUUAUAAUAUAGUAGAUGAUAAAACAAAUCAAGAUAAUAACAAGGAGUUGUCUAAUAAAUAUAACGAUAAAUUAAUUGUGAAUAAGGAAAAUAAUUUGGAAAAAGUAGGUAAAAGCAAUACCUUCCUCAACAAGACACUAUUAAACAUAAUAGAUAAUAAUUACAUACACAAAACAAAAAAUUACAUAUUUAUGAUAUAUGAUAGCUCAAAUUUUUAUAAAAAAUAUUCAAAAUUCUUUUUAUUGAAUAGUAAUAUAUUCUUUUAUCUUUUAAUUUGUUUUUUAGUUUUUUUAUUAUCAUUAUUAUUAAUUCCUUCCUCUUUUCUUUUUACUUGUUAUAAAAUUUUUUUAAAAUUUUUCUUAUGGACUUUGUCAAUUUUAUUUAUUAUAUAUUAUUUAUUCAUCUAUGUGUAUAACCAAGGAAAAAGUUAA